GAUUGUUUCGGAAGAAACAGUGAAUGUCGACUGAAGGUUACAAGUGUCAUGCAAAAGAAGGAAAAUUUUCAUUUUUAAUUAAAAAUUGUGUUGCUGAAAGUGUGUGGUAUUAUGUUCCCCGUUUGUUAACUGUACGAAUGCUAAAUCGAACUAAGUGAAGAAGUAUUACAAAAUGGAGAACACUUCCUAUGGAAUAAAUGUGGCUAAUCGAUAUGAACUUUUCUCUAUCGAUGAUGAAGGGGAUGAAUUGUUUGUCACAAUAACUCAGAACAAACAGAAAAUCCAGAGGAAACAACCUUCAGUUGCAGAAAAUGCUAUAAAACCUGUGUCGAAAAAUGCUAGAAACGCGGAAAAGGAAAAUAAAACGACACAAAAAAUAAAUAACGAGAAUAACUAUCUUGAGAAAUCGGAUGGAAAAAAGUCGGCAGGGGUUUAUAAUUUAUAUAAUCAACGUGGUGAGAAACCUACAAUCAAGGAAACUCAGAAGGAUAAUAUCCGUACACGUGACGACGGAAACAAGUACAACUAUACUGGGAAACAUUCUGAAAGAAAAGUCAAAAUUAACAUGGUAGUGUCAGAACAGCAUGAGGACAAGAAUAGAAAAUCUCGCGAGACUCACAAUGACGAAAAUGUUCAACGCAAGUCUCAGAACGGUAAUAAGCGUUUAGAAAUUCGCGGAAAACGGGAGUUUGACCGACAAUCAGGAUCCAAUAAGACAGGUAUAAAACCAGUAGAAAAGCGCGAUGGAACAGGAUCGCAUAAUUGGGGCAGUGUGAAGGUAGAUGCAAAAGAGUUUAACAAUUAUCAAGAUGGUUAUAUGCCACAAGAUUCUGAGGAUGGUAAGGGGACCGUUUCCGAACAGGACAAGGAUGAGCAUUCCGAUGUACCAGAUAGUAAAUUGCCCAUUGAAGAUAUUCUGAAAGAAAUGACUCUAGACGAGUGGAAAGCUCAAGUUGCUGCUAUUAGAUCCAAACCGCAAUAUAAUCUCAGAAAAGCUGGUGAAGGCGAGAAUGCAGCGCAGUGGGAGAAAAUGGUGGCUUUGAAUAAAAAGAAGGCAGAAAUCGAAGCUGACGAAGAAAAUGAAAUCCAGAAAGUUGGCAAAUCUAAGCAAGUUCUUGAAAUUGAAGUUCACUUUAAUGAUGGGCGGCGUGGUGGAUUGAUUGGUCGCUCUAGAGGGCGUGGCGGAAAGGGUAUCAGAAGCACUGGAAAACGUGAAAACGAAAGGAAAGAUGCUGUAGACGCACGUGAAGGAGACAUGGAAAAACGUGAGCGACGCAGUCGUUUACCCCAAUCAAAUGAUGCAAAUUUUGGUAACCACAAACAUUUAAAACAAAGUUCCCGUUUCAAAAACACCGCUCCCAAAGUAGACGAUGAACACGAUUUUCCAUCACUAGGUUAGUAAUUAAUAACUAACGUUUUUACGAACCAUGUUUCGUAAGCAGUUGCUUUAUUUCUCAUUAGUUUUAUAUUGGAAUAUUGCAAACAUACCAAUAAAGUAAAACAAAUA